UCCUAUCUCUGCAGCUGUAGUUCUUCACUUCCUGGACACCUCAGCUCCUCCACUCUGUGUUUUCAUCACGGUGCUGCAGGUUCGUGCUCCCCGGGCUCCUCUAACCUCAGCUCCGGCUUCAUAUCCGUCUGACAGCCGCGGCUGUCUCCCGCCUCAACCCGGACAACGAACCGGAUCUCCGGCUGGGUCUCAAACUGUGAGCCGGGGGAGCUAGCUGGGAGGCUAGCGGAGCGUUAGCCGAGCAGUAGCGGGGUGAAGGCUCGGUCCGGACGGCGGGCAGAGGGAGCGCAGCAUGGCCGGAGGAAAGCACAUCCAGGCGGCGGAGGAGAGGGCAGCGAGCCGGGGUCAGAGCGAAGCAAACAGGAAGUUGAAGUACAUCAGUCUGGCGGUGCUGGUCGUCCAGAAUGCAUCGCUCAUCCUCAGCAUCCGCUACGUCCGCACGUUGCCGGGCGACCGCUUCUUCGCAACGUCAGCCGUCGUCAUGGCGGAGGUCCUGAAGGUCCUGACGUGUCUGCUCAUCAUCCUGCUGCAGAAGAGAUUCAAUGUGAAGGAGACGGUGUUGUUCCUGGUGGACUCCAUCUUGUUCCAGUACAAAGACACUUUGAAACUAGCCGUCCCGUCACUCAUCUACACUCUGCAGAACAACCUGCAGUACGUGGCCAUCUCCAACUUGCCAGCUGCCACCUUCCAGGUGACGUACCAGCUGAAGAUCCUCACCACAGCUCUGUUCAGUGUGUUGAUGCUGAGGAAGUCUCUGUCCAGAGUUCAGUGGGUUUCUCUGCUGCUGCUGUUUGCUGGAGUCGCCAUCGUACAGGUGCAGCAGGAGGGGAAGAAGGAGGCGUCGGUGUCGGGCAGCUCCAACCAGAACUACACGGUUGGUUUGGUUGCCGUGGUGAUCAGCUGCCUGUCAUCAGGGUUCGCCGGUGUUUACUUUGAGAAGAUCCUGAAGGGGAGCUCAGCGUCCGUCUGGAUGAGGAACGUGCAGCUGGGGAUCUUUGGCAUGGCGCUCGGCAUGUUGGGACUGUGGUGGAAUGACGGCGCCGCCAUCGCAGAGCAUGGCUUCCUGUUCGGCUACACCGGCAUGGUGUGGUGCGUGAUCUUCAACCAGGCGUUCGGCGGGCUGCUGGUGGCCGUGGUGGUGAAGUACGCCGACAACAUCCUGAAGGGCUUCGCCACCUCCUUCUCCAUCAUCGUCUCCACGGUGCUGUCCGUCUACCUGUUCGGCUUCCACGUGGACCUGCUCUUCACGGCGGGGGCGGGGCUCGUCAUCGGCGCCGUCUACAUGUACAGCCUCCCCAAAGCGUCCGGCGGAUCUUCGUCCCCGAGCUCCUCCUCGUCUUCCUCGGCGUCUUCUGCGUCGCCGAGGACAAAUGGAGGCGCUGAGAUGGAAAUGGAGGAGUUUCUGCCAAAAUGGAAGCGUCCGUCACACAUGAUGUGGCCAAGGACCGUCGGAAAUUUGAAUAUCUAACCAUAAUUUCUGUUUUUACAGUUUCUGGCUGAUGAGUGGUGUAACCACCAAAAUCUGGACGGCAUGUUUUCUUUAAACACACCCCCCUCAUAAAUAAGGAACAGUCCCUAAGAUAUUUUGCCACCUGAUAGUCACAGGACACAGUGACUGUAGAUUUGUGAUUUUAGCAUCAGUUCAAAAACCUUAAAGAUUGUUAAAGUUCAGAGAGUGAUCAGCUGACCUGUGAGAGUGCGUCUGUGUCAGUGCGCGGUGUCAUAAGUAACUCAGCACCAGGCCGCAUCAAAACGUCUCCCGUCAAACGAUGAUCGAUCCUCUCGCUGCCCAAAUCUAGAACAAAAGAUAGUUUGUGUGGUUUUGCUGGCGGCCAAUCACAGCAAGCGUUCUUGGAUUUAAUGUGAUGUGUGACGGGCCCACUGCAGCAGCAGCAGCUACAACACACACAGUCUGUGAGGUGGUGACGUCGUGUGUUUAACUGCAGUUUAGCACCGAUAGGCCACCAAACAUUCAAAGGUGUGGCUGUGCGACACAGCUGUGGCGUCUCGUGGCUUUUUAUGCACUUUUUUUUUUUUUUCCUUGAGAUUACGAGGUGGAAUUAUGACAUCGUUAUUACUGAUCUCAUUUGGUGUUGAUCAUUACUGAUGACAUCAGUGAACCAUUUCAGCUGAUCGAUCAGACCGAACGAAUCGUUAGAAGAGUCACUUUUGGACUAAACGUGGGCUUUACGGUGUUUUUGACAUUUCUUAGGAUCAAUGAUAGAAAAAUAAUCUUUAUUAUAAUCAGUAAUAAUAAGUAUAAUAUAUAAUAAGUAAUAAUGUAAUCAAAACAUAUCAUUAGCUGGAUUUAUCUGACAGAGUUUCAGCUCUUUAUCAGCCUAUGACAUCAUCUUUUACACAGAAUGUUUUUAUUUUUUAAAUUGAUAAUGAUUGAUUAUUGUUGGCGUGGAGCUGCUCAGUGAAAACAUGUCACAGGUCAAACUUGGCUUCCUGUUGGCGUCCACGUUGAGACGUUUGUGUUCGGUGCCUUUCCUUCUCAUCUGUACAGAAGCCAUAGGAUUGUGUCGGUGUGACGUGUACAGUCGGUUCACACACAACAGCUGGAACUCUAAAGUCUUCACACAGGAGGGGCGGCGGCCUCAUCACACUGAGACACUGACCUCAGAUCAGCCGCAGCUGUGACGGGACUGUGCUCUCUGAGCCGAGCAGCUUUUUAACAAUGAAUGAAUCAUAAUGACUAACGUUUGUCCUGCCGCGGGCGUCCUGAAUGUUUUUCUGUCGGUACGACGGGCGACUCAGUCGGUCAGAGACAAGUCGUGUUCGUCCGUCGAGCUGCUUCCUGUUGUUUACGUUGCUGAUUGACUUUGGGAGGAAAGUUUGAGUUGUUUUUGUCUCCAUGUCGCUGCAGGAGGUGACGAACACCUGAGCCCCAGAGUCUGGUUAUAAUCCAGCACGUUAAAGUGACAAACCGCCUGAAUCCUCCAGGUCGACACGAGUCUUAAACAUUCAGUUGAAGGCAGCACAUAUAUAAUUACCUGAUCUCUUUCAGGCCCCGACUUAUUGUCUUCACCCUCAAGUAUUUUCUCAGCUUAUUGAUGAAGAGUUUCGUCAAUAAAAAAGCAGAAAAUCGUGAAAUUUGCAGUUGUUGAUGGUCCGAGGUGACGUCCUCACGUCCUGUUGUAUCGACCUGCCGUCGGAAAGCCCCAAAUAUUCAGUUUUCUGAGAAAUAAAACCAAAAGUAGAAGAUCAGAGCAGCAGGAACCAGAAAGUGUCUGACAUUUAUGUUUGGAGAAAAGAGAAUAGUUUCAGAUUAUUUUCUGACUAAUCGACGUGCUGCAGCUUCAGGCCUCUCGAUGAUGUGAGUCAGUCCAGUUUUAAGCAGCUAGUGUCUGUUAACUUUCUGUGGGACUCACAAACAAAAUGAUUUCUUUAAUAUUGAAGUUUAUUUAGUGACGUUAACUCAUUGUUUGCUCAGAUAUUAAGUAAAUAUGAAAGUUUAUUGAAACCCACAUUCGAAACCGACACAAAAAACCCUGAAGUUUCUCUUUAGGAACUUUUUAAUUUUAGUUUAAAUUGCAGUACUUUGCUGUAUUGACUUUUUCCCCACUUCUACUGAUUAGAGUCUGCAGGCAUCAACAGAACACCAGAGAGGACGACGUUAGUUUCUCAGUGAUCAUAAAAACAUUACUGUGGGAUCUCAAACACGAACACACACGAAGACUAACUGAACCUGACCGGUGCUUUGUCACUGGACCCCUGUGCUUCUCAUAAAGAAGGAGAAGAAGCUAUACUUUAUUAAUCUCUGAGGGAAAAUUAAAUUUUUGCUUACAUUAUAUAGAGAGAUGUCAGAGUGAGGGGGCUGCCUUGGACAGGCGGCCCAAGCAGUGAGGGCUUCAUUGCCUUGCUCAAGGGCACCUCGGCAGUGCCCAGGAGGUGAACUCUCCAGCUACCAGUCCAUGCUCUAUAUGUGGUCCAUACAGGGACUUGAACUGACGACUUACUGGUUCCCAACCAAAGUCCCUAUGGACUGAGUUACUGCUACCCGAUGGACUGGCCGUUAUGAACACCAUGUGUGAGCGUGGGGUGGUUCAUGGGUUUGGACCAAAAGUAAACUGGUUCAGAACCUGAAAAGUUGAUUUCUAACUGGAACCAAAGAAUUGCAGGUUUUCCUCGACCUGAAGUGCGAAUAAUAACGACAUCGGUGGCGUGUCACAUUGUGCAGGUUGGAAACAGACGACGGAGAAGUUGAGUGAAAAAAAAGAGGAGUGCAGCGGUCUCAUUAAUAUUCGGUCUAUGCUCGUUCUUUUUGGUAAAAACAAAUAAUGUUUGUUCUGGGGUGGUUUGUAGCUGAGUGUGAAGCGGGCGGGAUGAGAGUCUCAGUCUGAGGUCAUGGUUCUCUGACGGAGAACGGUGGAUUGUUCCCUCUGUGUUGGGAGAAAGUUACUGCCCCAGGCGUAGAGUUCUCUGGGUCUUAUUCACAAGUAAGGGUGAAAUGGAGCAUGAGAUGGACCGGCGAUUUGAAGCUGUUACCGCAGAGAUGUUGGCGAUGGGCCAGACCAUUGUGGUUCAGAGGGAGCUGAGCCAGAAGGCAAAGCUUUCCAUUUCCUGGUCCAUCUGCGUCCCAACCCUCACCUAUGGUCAUGAGCUCUGGGUAGUGACUGAAAGAAUGAGGUCACUGAU